AUGCGCUCACAUAUGGAGCACCACCCUGGGAUAAAAAAUGUUGAAGAAUGGAAGUUUGUGUCUCAAAACCUCGACAAAAUAGCCGAGGCUGCCAUAGGUUCGAUCGUAAAAGACAUAGCUAAAGAAUACUCUUAUGCUAAUCCACCAAACAAACAGCCUCUUCAGAACGGAUCUCCCUCCUAUUAUUCGAUGGUUACCUCGACAUACUAUACCCGUUGCCUUUCGGCACUCGUGAAUAUGACAAUCAGUGAGCUGAGGACUAGCGAUUUUUUCUUUGACAACAAUGAUAUCAAGAUUAAAAAAGUUCAUGGCUUCAACCUCUCAGAAUUUCUGCCUUUUGUUAUAGCCACCGAGCCAAAACAUACUACCCAGCCGCUGGACAAGAAUUUAAUUGGCUCUAAGCGGUUUGAUACUGACUUCAAGUGUCUCUUCACAAGCCAGAAUCUGCAAAAGAUAAGCCAAAUGCUGAAUGAUAGACAGGAAGUUUCUGCAGAACACAAGCUCGUUGUUCAGAACUUGAACAUCGCGGAAGAACAGCAAGUUUUUCUGGAAGAUGAGAGUACUUUGGAUUAUGAUGUUCCGGAAAGGAGGUUGAAUCAACUCGAGUCCAUAAUCAAACACUUGGUAUUCAGCAAUUAUACACCCAUAUAUUUAGAAGACGUCAGACAUCAGUCUCCUGAGACCUCCACGGCCGAGCAGUCAGUAUGCUCGUUGAUCUGCAGUACGUUGAAGAAGUCCUUACCUCCGAAAAAGCAAUAUCAUGUAAUUGCGUAUCAGAUCUAUUUCUGUAUCUUCGCAAACGACGUUCUUAAAUAG